GGGAGCAUACAUACAGCUAUCUCCCACGGGAGCUCAUUAAACACAUUUGUCCCAGCUAAGUUCGAAAACCUACGUAUAAAGUAAAAAUGAACUUUACAAAUGCAAAACAAAGUCUCCUCUUUAUCUAGAGGAAGAAUACAGAUCUGUGAAAAAUGGUCGAAAAUAAAGAAAACCUGAGCAACAGUGAAGCUCAGUUUCUAGAGGUGUACUGUAGAGGUAGUGGUAAGAUCAGGCGUUUCGCUGCUGGUACAGAAGCUGGAUUUGCCUUAAAUGUGAUUAAUGCAAAGCUGGACCUUGGUGCUACACCAGCUUUACUUAUUGAGGCUGCUAAAGAGGGUGAAGAACCAGUUAACUUUGGACCUAAUUCUGUCCUUGUUUUUUAUGGUGAAGGCUGGAGACUACAAACAGUUCUAGGAGAUGAUUGUGAAAUAAGGAAGGUAGACUCAACUGUGACGCAACUUCCCUUUGAAGUGAAACCAGCUCUUUUACAUAGUGGAGAGAAAUCAAGCAGUAGCUUGCGGUCAGAUGACUCCGUUCUUUACCUUGGGAAGAUAAUACUUGCUUUCUGUUUCAUGUUUGCCCUAGGUGGAAUUUUUACAUUGUUUCUUGAAAAUCUUCCCGGAUUAUUAUUGUAUAUAAAUUCGUCAGUGUAAACAUACUUAAAUUGCAUUUAUUAUAUUCUUAACGAAAUCAAUGAAAAAUCUAUUAUACUGUCUUUGAA